AUGAGCAUUUCAGACCAUUCAAGGACGCAGGUAGCACCAGUCCAGUCUCAUCCAUCCUCCCCAACCCAUAAUUCGCAACGUUCACAUUCACAGUCACCUAUAUCCAUCGAAAAGUCCUCUACAAGCUCUAGUUCAUCUUACUUGGAAAUAUCGCGAUCAAUUCCUGCGCGUAAAAGUAGGAUCAGAACAUUUUUUACAGCACCCUCUGAGCAAAAGCAAAAAUUGAAGAAGGAAAAGACAAGGAAACAUUUUUUUCGCUUCAGAGGUGGAAGUGGUAGCAGUAGUAGUAGCAAUAGCAGCUCAUCUGUCGACAGUGAUCUAGCCUACGGUACAGGCUUUAUCAAGCUCCCGAGAAGCCGAAAGAAGAGGCACAAGGUACAAGAAAGAAUUCGACAGGCAGACUGUGAACGGAAUAGAGCUAGCACUAAAGACCAUUAUGAGAAAAGGUCUGGGUUAAGCGAAGAAUUUCCAAGAAAUUACAAUGACCCUCAAGGAAAUGAUUUUAUUGGGAAUAAUUUGCUGGGCAAAGACCAGAAACUUCAUCCAUCAAAAAAGACUGGCAAAUUUUCGCGAAGACAGCAGGACGCUACUAGCACGACAGCGAGUAUACUAGCUAUUGGAUCUGGGUUAGCAAGAAUAGCGGCUCAUCAAAAUAAGACAACAACAAGACCGGCCAGUGACCGGCAUGGUCGUGGAUUUCAGAGCAAUCAUGUCCCAAAAUCUCCAGAAAGCCCCCUGAUUUUUGAUAAAUUUUCUGAGAGUAGUUGGGAAUCAACCUCUAGCAGUGACUCUAGCUCGUCUGUGGACUCGAGACUUGCCUAUGAAAAUGAACCAUCACCAAGCUGGAUGUUUUUCGGCAAGAAGAAAAUCGAUAAAAACUUUAGAGACCCUUCCCCGGAGAGAAUCCUUCAUCCUAGAUCGCAAAGUAGAACCCCGAACUAUGUUGAUAAAGCUGUCGGCUCUGAUGAAAUUCCUCCAUGGACUGCUAAUAAAAAGAACUAUCAGAACUACGACUAUUUAUCGGCCAACGUGGGUACCAAUGAAUUAAGCCAAAAGCGAGACCUUAACACACAGAACAAAUUUGAUUCCAAUCACACAAGCAAUUUUAAAGCGGCUGAAGUUAAAUUACAUACUAAUAGUCCCCAUAACCUUUCUAAUCAAUCAGGAAGAAAUGCAACUUCCAGACAAGAAAAUCCUCUACUUCCCCAACCAUUCAAUCCACCCCCACUUCAAAUUAUACAACCCCAGCCAGUAACGCCUGUCUCUUCGAGCCUGUAUGGGCCGAUUUACAACGCUCACAUCGAAACUCUUCCCAGCUUGCCAGAUGAGGAAUAUUGGCCUCAGAGUUUUACAAAUGCCAUGAAUUCUAAUGUACAGUUGAGACGGUCAGAAACUUCAAAGCGAGAUCUUGACCACCAAAAAUUACACCAGCUCCCCCAGGAAGAGCAUAGAAAAAGCUUGGAAUCAGGAGACGAAAUUCAGCGUUGUGAGCUAAGAUUAGCCGAGAUAGAGCGAGAACGGAUAGAGCUUCAAAAUAAAGAGAGACAUGAAUCUCAAAGACGUGAUAGAGCGAAGCUUGCCAUUCAAAUGGAGAUUGAGCGCCGUAAGAGUAAGGAAAUACGGGACAAUGGAAGAGAUCAAGAAACCAAACCGUUUUCUAAUAGAUACGGCCCUGAGCCAGAAAGUAGCCGUCAGAUUGAUAUAAAAGGUCGAAUAUUAUCAAAUGAUAAAAGAACACCCCAAAACAAAACUGGCCUGCAUAAAAAUCCAGAAAAUGGAAUGCAACUUGAUAAAUAUUCAGAAUUCCAAAUCAACCCGAUAAACCAUAUACCUCCUGCUACAGUUAUCAAUAACCCCCUCCAAUUUCAAAUAAUGCGAAAUACUGAAGCCCCGAUAACAACCCAGAAUCUUGUUCAACGGAAAGGUCUAGAAUUUUUGCCUACUGACAACCUUUCAACUCAAAAAGACUUAAGGUAUCAACAUCCAGUACAAAGAUACCCUCAUAGCUGUGAUUACUUUCAUAAUCAUAGCAAAAAUCAGACUGGUCAACCUUUUUUCGAAGCUAACGAGAAUCAACAAGAGAAGAAGUACUCGAAUGAUGAUCUUGCUACGGUAACUAACACUAGAGAGCAAGAUAUUACUGCUAAAGCACAUCCAAAAGAUACAAAUUCAGGAAAAUUAGUGGACAGGAGGCCCGGAUUUGACUACAAAAACAUAGAAUCUCAGCUCAGUAGUAUGCCUCGACACAAUCUCGAUAUCCCAGGCUCUAAUAAGACUUCACCCGAGACUUCAUCCAUGCGUAAGAUUGUAACGAACGUUCGCCCAAAUUCAACUCCUCCGACGCUCUCUUCUGGUGUAAAUUUUAGAAAAAAGUCAGGAAAAUACGUAACUACCGCAUCUGUUGCCAAAUCCGAAAUGGAUGAUCGUCAGGUGCAUGGAAAAUAUUACGUCGCUCCUGAUACUAAUUCAACGUCUGAUGAUGUUCCCGAACGUCAAGAAAAGCUUCAGAAUAUCAACUCUCCAAAGAAUAGGUUUGUACAUUCACAUGAUGAAGAUCCUCAGAAGCUAGAUGCUGAAUCAAUUGAAACAAGCCCAAUUCUAAAUUCUGUCCAAUCAACCUUAUUACCUUCAACAGAAAUGGGGAAAGAUGUGAUGCUUGAUCGGCAGAGUCCUACUUACAUUCACAGUGAGAAAAAAAGACAGCCAAUUAUUGAAUCCAUUCAUAGUCCUAAAAAUAAAAGCGUUCCCAAGUCAAGACAGCCUAGCACAUCAAAAGGUGUCACUUGGGGACGAAAUGAGACCAAGCAUUAUGAGGUUGAAUCUCUAUCUGAAAAUCAAGACGAAUAUUUCGAUAACCCUGAUAAAGAGGCUCUCGAAUAUUCAGACAGUGAGUUUGACUACAAUACAAAUAAGGUAAGAGAAAGCCCUUUCAAUAACGCAAAUAAAAGUAUGGGAGGAAGGAAUAUUGCAACAGGAGCAGACAGUACUCACGGAGUCUUGAGAAAAAGCAAGUACAACUACUAUAUUGCCAAGAGUGACCGACCGAAUAAAAUAAGCGAUUUAGAAGAGCAUGUAUUUGAAAAUAGUCCACAGAAAGAAAAUCCAAAAGUCUUUCCAAGUAGACUUCCGGAGAAGUUAGAAUCAAUCACUAAUAUUCCUGGCGCAUUUCAGGAUGAUUUUGAUUUUACCGCGACAUUGGCUGCAGGUCUACAAGAUACUGGAUUCGACCCUAAUAUUGUCAUUGAUAAUCUUACUUUCCAUCAAAAUAAUAAAAAGCAUAGCUCCGAAAAUUUAGAGGUCUUUUAUCACGCCCCAUAUGCAGAGACUGUAUCAGACCUAGAUUUAUAUAGUGCAAGGACUCCAGAAUAUGAAAAUGUAAGCAAUGAGUAUUAUCUAAAUGAAACUAGAGCUAGGGAUCAAGGUUGGCAGGAUGUGCUAUCUUUAUCGAGAAGCGUUUCGCCAAAGGACUCGAAAAAUAAGCAAAAAUUUAAUAAGGGACGAAAAUCAAGGGGUAAAGAUAUAAAAAUCGCUAGACUAAAUCACAUUGCAUUACCAGAGGCCUCAACGGAAAGUCACGAAAACUGUAACGAGGCUUACAUAUCUAAUGCAGAAGAUUUGGACGAGGAUAGCAGAAAGAAGGAUAUUAGUUUAUCGAGUUCAAUGGAGUCUAUGAGUUCGUUAAACUCUCGGAAAGAUAUUGAUGUAAACGUGUUUAAGAAUGCUUUGUUUCAAAAGAAAGAGGGAAUACAUUACAAGACGAGACAAAAUAGUGAUCUUUCCUCUUACCUCGUUCCAAAUGUUGAUUUUUCAUAUAUUAUUCCUUCAAGUGAAAGUAAGAAUUUUGAUCCAAGAGGUGAAGGCAUAGUAAAUGCUUCCAGCUUGGAUGCUAUUUCCACAAAUAACAAUCCUGAGACUACUGAAUCCAGUAUCUACAAGAGAGGAUCUAGAAAAAGCGAUCAACCUUCCUACAGAAGAGCAAACAAGGCUCUAUCUUCUGCGAUACAAGUAAUAAACAAAGAUCCUAGAAAAAUUCCUAGUAAACGGCAUCAAACCACAAGCUUUUCAGCUUCUAAAUCUCAGGGCCGAUUCCAAAAUCACACGGAAUCUGAAGAGUCUUCUACAGAAGUUGAACGUGUUUCUGUUCCAAUUGACUCGUUUGAAUUUUUAAGUAAUAAUUAUGGUACUCAGUCUUCUUCAGAGAUGGAUGUUAGAGAACCAUCUGCCACAGCAAAGAUUUCUCAAAUCCUAGAAAGCAGAGUUGUCCCAAUCGGUAACUCUAAGCAUAAAGAGUAUAAAACUAGGGGAUUUCUGGGUGCUCUAGACACUGCUGAUAUUUAUAGUGACAAAAUCACUGGAGCUGGCGACUUAACGCAAGAUACAGACAAAAUUUCUACGUCUAUUGAAGUAUUCGUAGACUUGCAAGAUGAAUGUCUGAAACCAGUAAAAUUUAAGAAACCAAAGUUUAGACAGAAAAAAGAAAUUUACCAGGCAUUUAAUGAAGAGAUGCCCCUACCCGAAAUUUGCCAAGCAGACUCUUCCGAAAGCCUGGUGCUGGGACCUGAUUUACUGACAAAUACCGCAAAUAAGGCGUAUGAAGUAGUGAAAUUUCCAUUUAAAGAGAAAAAUUACCUUCAAGCAAACCCUUCUAGUAAAGAUUCCCACAAAAACCCUAAAGGAUCAACAAAAAAUUGUUACAAAAACACACUCAAGAUUCUUCAUUCUUCUCAAAUUUCUUUGCCUUUAAGUAACAGUCACAGUCAGGGUCAUGUAUCUAAAGUAAAAAGAUUUAAAUCAAGGGAAGAUUCAGACAACGAUAGUAACCUUGAGCUACUUGAAAGCCGAUACUUAAAAGCGGAUGAAACGCAGAACCAUAAUGCAAGGUAUAAGGAAGUUGGACAUCACCAGCUCCUCACGCAUGACCAGUUUAUCUCACUUCAAUCUGUUACACCUUCGGAAUUGGACAAAAGCCCCUCUCCGAUAAAGAAAGAAGGGAGGAAAAGUAGCAAGGCCGAAAGGGUUUUAUCCCAAACUAGAAAGAAAUACGAGCAUGGUACAGAAAAAACCAAUAAGAAACUUAAUUACUGCUCAACUUCUACUGAAAGUUUAAUUCCUUGCACAAGCUCCUCAACCCCAUUUCAAUAUGAUAGUGUUACUGAUACCUGUUCGCCUAAACCCAACAGCAAGAAAAAAUACAGAGGCAAGGAGCUACAGCAGAAAAAUCAGCCAAAAUUAGAGAACGCGCCAUUAGUAUUGUAUAGAAACUCAAUUUUAAGUAAUGCAAACAAUUUCGGAAUAGAGGUCAGUACCGUCUGUAUGGUUGAACAUAUUUGA